AUGGCAAUUCCUUCAGUAACAGCCAUAGACAUUGAGAAUGUCAAGUUCUCCCCCACCGUCAAGCCUCCCUCCUCCGCCAACGCCUUCUUCCUCGGCGGCGCCGGCGUCAGGGGCCUCCAGAUUCAAGACAAGUUCGUUAAGUUCACCGCCAUUGGAAUUUACCUCCAACACGACGCCGUUCCUCUUCUCUCCGUUAAGUGGAACGCCAAGUCUGCUCUCGAGUUGACGGAAUCCGUAGAGUUCUUCAGAGAUAUCGUUACAGGUCCAUUUGAAAAAUUUAUGCAGGUGACAAUGAUCUUACCCUUGACGGGGCAGCAAUACUCUGAGAAGGUGUCCGAAAAUUGUGUAGCCAUUUGGAAGUCUCUUGGGAUUUACACUGAUGCAGAAGCCGAAGCGAUAGACAAGUUUGUUUCUGUUUUCAAAGACGAAACGUUCCCACCAGGCUCCUCCAUCCUUUUCAAAGUGUCACCCAAGGGAUCAUUAACGAUUAGUUUCUCUAAGGAUGGAUCCAUUCCAGAAGAAGCUACUACUGUUAUAGAGAACAAACUACUUUCAGAGGCUGUGUUGGAGUCAAUGAUAGGGAAGCAUGGCGUCUCCCCUGAAGCAAAACAGAGUUUGGCCUCCAGAUUAUCUGAGUUACUCAAAGAUGGUGGUGUCCCUGAAUCUGAUAAGUGA